CCCAACAGGUACCCAGGUGGUUCAACACUAUUAAACUGAGUAGCUUCAUUAAAGCUGCCCAACUCAGGAGAAGUUUCCCAAGGCCAAGAAAAAUACCGCUGUGUGGCUUUUCUACUCAGCUACCUAUGUCAUCUGACAUUUGCCUUCUCCACCGGGGAUUUAAGACUUAUAGGACUUCCUCCUUGUGGAAUAGUUCCCAAGCAACCAACUCUAAUAGGCAAGAGAACCAUUCUGCCCAAAGCGCUUUGCUUCCUUCCGGGAUUCAACAGUCACAGAAGACACAAAAGCUACCCAUCUUGGAUUCUGAGCUGUCUCCUGAAGGACUGGACGAUUUGCCCCCAUUGUCCCCGCUGCAGCCCAUCCCCGAAGAGGAGGCUGUUCAAAUUAUUGCAGGCUCCCCACUGCCCCCGCUUUCAUUCACUCUUCGAGACUAUGUGGAUCAUUCUGAGACUCUGCAGAAGUUAGUGCUUCUAGGAGUGGAUUUGUCCAAGAUAGAAAAGCAUCCAGAUGCAGCCAACCUCCUUCUGAGACUGGAUUUUGAAAAAGACAUUAAGCAAAUACUCCUGUUUCUGAAGGAUGUGGGUAUAGAGGACAAUGAGCUGGGAACAUUCCUCACUAAAAAUUAUGCCAUUUUCUCUGAAGACCUUGAAAAUCUUAAGACCAGAGUGGCCUAUCUUCAGUCAAAAAAUUUCACUAAGGCAGAUAUUGCACAGAUGGUCAGGAAUGCUCCAUUUUUGCUGAAUUUUUCAGUGGAAAGACUGGAUAACAGAUUGGGAUUUUUUCAGAAAGAACUUGAACUUAGUGUGAAAAAGACGAGAGAUCUGGUAGUUCGUCUCCCACGGCUACUAACAGGGAGUCUGGAGCCUGUGAAAGAAAAUAUGAAGGUUUAUCGUCUUGAACUUGGUUUUAAACACAAUGAAAUUCAACAUAUGAUCACCAGAAUCCCAAAGAUGUUAACUGUAAAUAAGAGGAAACUCACCGAGACUUUUGAUUAUGUGCACAAUGUGAUGAGCAUUCCCCACCACAUCAUCGUCAAGUUCCCACAGGUAUUUAAUACAAAGUUGUUUAAAGUCAAAGAAAGACAUUUGUUUCUUACCUAUUUAGGAAGAGCACAGUAUGAUCCAGCAAAACCUAACUAUAUCUCUUUGGACAAAUUAGUAUCUAUUCCUGAUAAAAUAUUUUGUGAAGAGAUUGCCAAAGCUUCAGUCCAGGACUUCAAUAAAUUCUUAAAAACUCUUUAGUUUUUGAUGAAUGUUAAAAUGUAAUAUUGUAACAUGAAUGUAUAUUUGAAUAAAUUAAUAUUUUAAAUAAAUGCCUCAAGUCUCAA